CAAUUAGAACAAUUCAGGAUAGAUUGCUCUGCCAACUUUGGAAUGUCGGCUCUUGUCGCGAUCGCAUGCUACAUGGCGCCUAGGGCAUUGUCCAAUCCUCAGACAUUCUGUAGUCUUAUUCUUUCCCUGAAGGGGAUUGGCAGCGUGUCACAAACCGAAUGGUAGUAUGAACAUGUCAAGUUCUUCUUCCGGAUAGACACCAUCAUGCUUCUGCAAACCAUAUGCCGCGCAGGACCGUUGAAAAAGGCGCAGGACACGUAUACCACACAACGAGAUCCCCGUCUAUUGCACCCACCAAAAUUUCGCUCCAAGCACGACCUUGUCCUCUUCAUACUUUUCGCAUCCUCUACAAUGCCACCGUUCUACGAAAUUGCCGUGGCUCUAUUUGGCCAACCAGUCUCUCCAGUAAAGCAGUGGGCAAUCAUCGUGAUUUUCACACCCUCACUGGGUCACGCAAUGGUCUAUCAAAUAACUGGCUCUGCGAGUGACUAUUCCCUCAAAGCACCAGAGUCAGUAACACUCAAGGCAGGGGAAGGCGGUUACUUAGGCAAAGUGCCCGUGGGCCGCGUCGAUCAAGAAAGACUCCACCAAUUCAGUGCUACUCUUGCGAACGUGAAUAUAGUUCAGAAUGAUGCAGCGUGGGACUGUCAGAACUGGGUCAUGGAGGGGCUUGUGGCAUUGCGGAAGGAUGGUCAUCAUAUAGAGAACGUGUCGCGCAGCUGGCUAGUGGAAAGAUUGGGGAGUUCAUGAUGAGAGUGAGGCGGGAUCGUACGGGACUCCUUUGGAGUGUGGAAAAUUAUCGUAACACGUCAAAACGUCAAACUGCGCCGCAUCAUCGUAGUAAAGCCGAUGGCUGGAUUAUACACUGGAAUGCGCUGCAGGGUUGUUGGAGGGAUAUUUAUAGAACCUGUAUUUUUUUCUCGAAACAUAGAGCGGAUGUAGAAUGAUAGGAUACAGACAUCGUGCACAAUGUUCUGCAGACUGCGAGUCUGGUCAGCAUACGAUAGAUGGUAUUGGAUAUUGAGUAGCCGUCGCAAUGCCUUGCGGCAUAAUUAAACAGAGUACGACCUAUGUGAAGGAGACUUGUCAUUGGUAUUAUCACACAUCCACAACCCUGUAU